GGGGCCUGCGCGCGAGUCUCCUGGAGAGGAAGGAACCCGGGGCUAAGCGCGCUUUGAAACGUAAAAGUCUACAGCACCCUGGGCCCUAGAGGCGGAGCCGGAAGCUCUACGGGUUUCAGCUCUGAGCCCCUCUGUUUUCGAAGGGGUAGCCCUCUUCCUCUAGCCCGGGGCUGCCUCCCUCCUCCCCCUUCACCCGGAGGCCGAAGCCCCCAGCCUGGCCUGGCGGUGCUGCGGCAGCUCCCGGACCCGGAAGAAGCAUUAACUCUCGUCUCCGCCAUGGAGCCCACCGCGCCGUCCCUCACCGAGGAGGACUUGACAGAAGUGAAGAAGGACGCUUUAGAAAAUUUACGUGUAUACCUGUGUGAGAAAAUCAUAGCUGAGAGACAUUUUGAUCAUCUACGUGCAAAAAAAAUACUCAGUAGAGAAGACACUGAAGAAAUUUCUUGCCGAACAUCAAGUAGAAAAAGGGCUGGAAAAUUACUAGACUACUUACAAGAAAACCCCAAAGGACUAGAUACGCUGGUUGAAUCUAUUCGGCGAGAAAAAACACAGAACUUCCUGAUUCAGAAGAUUACAGAUGAAGUGCUGAAACUUAGAAAUAUAAAACUAGAACAUCUGAAAGGACUGAAAUGUAGCAGCUGUGAGCCUUUUCCAGAUGGCGCCACAAACAACUUCUGUAGAACAAAUUCAGAUGAGAGUAAUUUCUCUGAAAAACUGAGAGCAUCCACUGUCAUAUACCAUCCAGAAGGAGAAUCCAGCACGGCCCCCUUUUUUUCUACGGAGUCUUCCUUGAAUUUGCCUGUUCUAGAAGUGGGCAGAACUGACAAUCCCACCUUCUCUUCGACUACGCUUCCCAGACCUGGGGACCCUGGGGCCCCCCCUUUGCCACCGGAGCUGCAGUUAGAAGGAGGAGGAACUUGUGGAAACUCUAGUGAGAUGUUUCUUCCCUUACGAUCACGUGCCCUUUCGCGUCAGUGACUGAGAUUACAGCCUUCUGAUUUUUUUUUAAUAAUGACAAAAAAUAUUUGAAAGGAUAUGAAUCUUUUUAUAGAAUUGCUAUAAUGACUUAACGUUUGAUAUGCGUCUUUUAAAAUGCAAUGGAAGCAUACUUUGUAAAUAGAGUCUUUUAGAAUAAAAGAAGCAUACUUUUAGAUAGCUAAAGAAAAUCAUGUUGAUCAUGUAAUUUUCAGUGUUUUCUGUUCUUUCCAUUUUUGAGCUAUCUUGAGUGUGUUCACAUUUUUUAUGUUUUAAGACUAACAGAGAACAUUGCUCUAUUUGAGAGUAGAGUCUCAGGCUGGGAAUAAUGUCUCAGUGCAGUUGUGCCAGAAAUUUUCGAGGUCUAAUAGUCCUUUCCAAUUCUUCAGCAGUAAAUUUUCAGAUUAAGCUAUUUCUGGAUGGAAUAAAGCCAAUCACUGACAGGAAAACUGCCAGUGUACUGAGAAGAAUCUCUUUCCCACUCAGUUGGUCUUAGGGACACUUUACAGAGUCCCCUUCUUUUUUUUUUUUUUUUUUUUUUAAUUUUUUUAUUUUAUUUUUGAGAGGGAGAGACAGAGCACCAGCAGGAGAGGGGCAGAGAGAGAGAGGAGACACAGAAUCAGAAGCAGGCUCCAGGCUCCGAGCUGUCAGCACAGAGCUUGACAUUGGGCUCGAACUCACAAACCCGUGAGAUCACAACCUGAGCCGAAGUCUGAUGCUCAACUGACUGAGCCACCCAGGCACCCCACAGAGUCCCCUUCUAAUGUGGGGUGACAUCAGAGAGAAAUGUUGAGGUUGGAGCCACCGAAGAUCUCAAUUUGCCAAAAUACAUUUCUUACUCACCUUACUAAUAGUACCUUCUUAGGAUUUUCACAGUCUUUGCUUAUCAUUUUAAUUCCUACACAAAAAUCUUGACAAAAGCCUGCUAUUGCAUAUAAUUUGAUGAGAUUUAAAAAUGUGCUUUUCAUUCGCUUUUCAUGAAGACCACUGUACAAGUUGAAAUAACUAGGACAAAGUGUGUGUGUGUGUGUGUGUGUGUGUGUGUGUGUGUGUGUGUGACAGUUCUGUCUUUAAUAUUGUUUGGAACAAGUGGCCAUUAGCCUGAUUUGUCUUUUUGUUACAUAACAAAGUUUGACUAAUUUUACACCUUUAUAAAUUUUAUGCUGUCACUAUUUUUAUUUAAAUUAUAAUUCUAUUUUCCUGAUUAUAUGUCUCAUAUAUUUCCAUUACUUUCAAAAAGCAGAGAUGGAAUAUGCUAUUAACAAUAAAAGGUUUUAAAUUGUAGUGCUGUUGUUUUGGAAGUUUCAAGUAUUUCAUUAGGAAAUAAAUACCUAAAAUACUUUUUUAUGUAUGCCAAUUUUUAUACACACAUUACUUCAGGUUGUGAGAUCAAGUUGCAUUUCUGGAUAGACCAAUGAAUUUAUCAGUCAUGAAGAAGAUUGGCAUAUUGGCUUUAAAAUUUUUUUCAAGCCUGGAUGAUUUUUGUAGUGUAACAUUUUCUAAGGAUUAUAGGGAAACAUCUCACCUUCAGCAAGGCAUAAGAAAAUAGUAACAUUACAUUUGAAGAAAUCUCUUUAAAAAGCAGAAGCAGGCUUUUCAUUCAUUAAUGAAAAUAAAAAUUUGAUAUGUGGUUACUUUUUAAAAUUUAAAUAGAAUUUACUCAGAUCGAAAAAAUUUGGAUACGCUGUAUCACCUACAUUUAUGGUUUAUAACACUGAGUUUUCUUUCAGACUGUUAACUAUACAGAUAAUAAAAUUAAUGUUUUAACAAAC